CUGGCCGGCUGGACCGGCGGCGAUUCAUCACCCAAACAAACGACGAGUUCAGCUCCUAGCUCACAUGGCCAGUGAUGUCUCAGAUGGUGCUUGCAUUCGUUCCAGGACGGUCGAUGGUCUAAGUUUGUUGCGCUAUUACUUCCCGACAGUUCAGCUUCUGUUAUCAGUGCAGAUAACUUUUCAAUUCCCGUACGAUCGUGGGCUACCACCAAAAGGACGAUACAAAAUGGCGUGCCUGGAAGCAAAGGGUAUCAAGCAUAUUCUGCAUCUGUCCAAGGACGAACGGCGAGCCUUCCUCAACUCUUUCGACACACUCAUGUCUGAUUGCGACGGUGUACUGUGGAACUUCACCGGCCCUAUUCCCGGAGUGGACACGGCGUUGAAGUUGUUGCGUGCCCACGGAAAGAAGCUAGCGUUUAUCUCUAACAACGGCAUGCGCACGAUGAAGGAGUACAAGAAAAAGUUUCAACUGCUCGGCAUUGACGCGAUGGAGGAGGAAAUUGUCCACCCAGCGUUGACAACGGUACAUUAUCUAAAAUCGAUCCAUAUGCAGGACGCCGUCUAUUGCAUCGGAACUGAGGUGUUCAAGGACUAUCUUCGCAAGGCGGGCUUCCAAGUGCUCGAUGGGCCCAAGCAGCGGUUCCCAGACAGUCGAGACACGGAUCAAGUGCACGUAUACACGGACUAUUUCGAGAAUCGCGGACCCAAAGUGGGUGCCGUAGUAGUCGACAUCGAUGUGAACAUUUCGCUACAGAAUCUGAUGAGGGCAAAAUGCUAUUUGGAACAAGAUCCAAGCUGCCUGUUCAUAGCCGGGGCAACCGAUUUCAUUAUCCCGCUCGACUCGAGCAUGGACGUGAUAGGUCCAGGGUAUUUCAUCGACAUUCUCGAGCGUUCCACCGGUCGCAAAGCGCUCGUUCUGGGCAAACCAGGCAAAGCACUGGCCCAGGUGGUACGCGAACAGUUCCAGAUCGAAUCUCCGAAGCGGGUUCUGUUUGUUGGCGAUAUGCUGCCACAGGACAUGGGAUUUGGCUCACGGUGUGGCUUUCAAAAGCUUCUUAUGCUAAGCGGUGGUACAUCGAUAGACGAUCUGUUGGCGCAUGACAACCCCGACCAGCUACCGGAGUAUUACGCGGACAGUUUUGCCGAUGUCAUCGUACUGUACAACGAAUUGAACUUUGAAGAAUAGCAACCGAGCCCCAAAAGAGUUCUCCACCAGAUCUUCUCAGAGCACUUUUAAUUGUUAUAAAAAUAUAUGCACUUAAAUGUAGAUGUGACACACAAACAAAAAGAUAAGUUGUAUCUACACGGCGGGUUUUCGG